CCGCAAUCAGUUAAAAAGUUUAUCUAUAGUAUAUACUCUCUCCGUCUCAAAAUAAGUGUCUUAACUUUGUAUUAAUUCUAGUAUAAAGUUGUACUAAAAUUAAUAUACUUAUUUUGAGAUGGAGGAAGUACAAGAUAGGUAUUUCCUUUGAUCUAUAUUACUUGUCACAGUUUUAGUUCAACUUCAGUACAAAAUCACCAUGCGACAUGUGUGGUAAGCAAUUUAAAUUAUUCGAAAAGUUAUACUAAAUCAAAUCUACUCUUCCUGUUCACUUUUAUAACACCUUGUAGACAACUCACACAUCAUCCAAAACAGUGCAAUGUGGGCUGUCUGAAACGUCUUAUAAAAAUGAACGGAGGGAGUAUUGAGAAUUUGCCAAGGAGGCAUUUGUAUACAAGUCAUACAUAGAUGAAAUCAAACCUUUUUAGCCCUGCAAAAAAACGUUUUUAAACCUCGGAGGAGAUUUUAAUUCGGCGAGCAGCUAGAAAGAUAAGUAGGUUCACAUCAGUUGUUGCUCUCAUCGCCACCGUCCUCAAAUUUCAGCCAAAAGCAAGCCCAACCAACACCUUUGCAAAAACGGCCGAAGGCUUCUCCGUCCGUCCCCGCGUUCCUUCACAGUGGCAAUUCGCCCCCUUCCCCGGAACUUCUCCGAGCCCAAGCAGCGUCGCCGGCGGCGGCCAUGCCUGAAUUUGUGUACGCCAACCUGUCUUGCAUUCCGAAUCUCCAUUGCGCCUCGGCCCCGCCGCCGCGCCCUUUGUGCGCCUCCGCGGCGGCGUAUCUUGCCCUCCACCUCGCCGCGCCCGUGGCCGUCGCCGUCGUCUGGUGGCUCUGGAGGAACCUCCUGCUUCUGCGUCUGCCUCUGCCUCUGGACGGGUUCGCGGGCGGUAGAGACGGCCGCCGCCUCCCGGAGGACCAGCCGCCCCGCACCCGCACCGUGGUGGACGCGGACCGCGUGGCUGUCGCCGCCGCUACCGCCCGCGGCUUCUUCGAAGAGGAAGAGACCACCCGUCCGAUCCUCCUCCGUCGCAGGGCGCCCCACGCCGGCGCCGACGGAUACUUCCGGUACCCGCAAAUCCACUGCCUCGAAGCAGUUCCUCAAGUCCGCCUCAUCGAUGCCGAAUUCAUGGAGGAGAUGACGCGGGGGCGGCGUCACGCCGUCGGCAUGCUCAGGCAAGCCGCGAUCCACUACCACGACCCCAUCCGCAGAUUGUCCAAUCUCGAUGGAAACCCAUCAGUUUUCCAGGGAGAUCCUUGUGUGUUGGCCACAGAAUCAACUGAUAUUGUUAUCAAGCUAAAAGUUGCUACUGCACUUGUCUGCUUCAUAUGGCGAGAAUUGAAUGGGCAAAGUCAGCAAUUAUGUCAAGAAGUAAAAGAAGAGUGCUUUUCAUUGGUUGCUGGGCAAUCUGUUGAGAAGCUCCUUGAGGUAGCACGUUCAUUCAGCGAGGCAAGUUGGUGCGCUUGCCAUGUUAAGGAAGUGCUGACUACCGUUGACGCACUCGUUGAUGUCCUGUACAAUUUACAGGGCUUACCUUUGAACAGAUCUGGUGAGAUUGCUGUUAUGUCGUGUAAGAUGGUGGCUAAUUUAAGCGGAUUACUUGAUCAGGCUGCAAGUGGCAUCGAUAACAGUGAAGAAUCUACCAUUCAUCCAGCAACUGUUGUUUUCAAUCAAGUCCUGGAGUUUCUCGACAGCAACACAGAUAUGGUGCAGUUAAUACUUGCUACUGGAGAUUGCACCGUUGAUCCUUACUCUCACGUGUUUGAUUGCUGGGUAUCCAAGCUGGAGGAAGAUGCAAAAAAGAUGUGCCAAGCUGAAAAGGAUCGAGAAUACAUAAUCCUCUUGAAUAAUGCGUGUGAUGUUUGGCAGAUGAUGCGCCAUCCAGGAGCAUCCUUUUGGAAUGUAGAACUGGUGAGCAGGCUCAUUUGUAUGAUCCAGAGAUACAGAAGGGGCUACUUUGAGGAAUGUUGGGUUCCACUUGUGCUGUCAUUACUGAAGGAAGAUUAUCCGAAGAACCCGCGCAGUUCAUCCUUGGCUGAAUUUACUCAAGGAUUUGUCAGUAUCUGCCAACGCCAGAUGACCUGGAAGGUUGUACCUAGUCUUAAGUACGAACUGCGAGACGAGAUAAAGAAUCUAGUUGUUACACCAUACAAGGCCUUCCUGCAUGCACUGCAGGGGAAUCGGAGAGGACUUUCAUUGAAGCGAUUGAUGUCACGAAGGAGGAGUCAGAAUGAGUAUACUGCUGAGCAGUUGGAAAACAAGAUUGGUGAGUUUUUUGAAAGCUGAAAAGACACCUAAACUACAAUGCAUAGUUAUUUUACCUGUAUACUGUGUAUCACCCUUGGAUGGGUGUUUUUGUUGUUUUUGUGUGUAUGCCCCAUUAGGCGAUAGCGGCACAGGAAGUCUAUUCUCUAACAGAGACAAUGCUGAGUGUACACAACAUUGCGUUCGAAGAGUUCACGAAGUGCAUAUAAUAUCUUGAUUCUUCUUUGAUGUAUGUAUAUGUAUGUUCAGUUAUAUAGAAUUGUAACAGUACCCUACAUUGAGUAAACAGAAACUCACCAGUUCUGUUUCAGCUUC